GGUCUGGGCGGGCGAGACUGCGCUUGACAGACGAGGCCAGGCCUCGUUUGAUAGCCAGGGGGCGGGCCCAAUAGGCGUGCGGGGCGGGGCCUACGUCGGCGCCGUCUGGCCGGCCCGUAGGGCUGCUCACUCUGGCCCCUCCGGCGCCGACCGUUCGGACCCGUCCCCUCCGCGGCAGCUUGUGUCGUCGCCGCUGCUCUGCACCCGCCGCCCGGCUGCUUGCCGCGCCAUGACCUCGCUGGGCCCCGGGCGAGCCCGCCGCCCUCUGGACUAGCCCCCUGCCGCCCGGACCCGCCUGCACCAUGGAGUCGCCUGCAGCCGGCCAGCCCGCGGGCUUGCCCCCGCCCAAAGGAAAAUCUAAGAGGAAGAAGGACUUACGAAUCUCCUGUGUGUCCAAGCCACCUGUCCCCAACCCCACACCUCCUCGGAACCUGGACUCCCGAACUUUCAUUACCAUUGGAGAUAAGAACUUCGAGGUGGAGGCCGAUGACCUGGUAACCAUCUCAGAGCUGGGCCGUGGGGCCUACGGGGUGGUAGAGAAGGUGCGGCAUGCCCAGAGUGGCACCAUUAUGGCUGUCAAGCGGAUUCGGGCCACCGUGAACUCACAGGAGCAGAAGCGUCUGCUCAUGGACUUGGAUGUCAACAUGCGCACGGUUGACUGCUUCUACACUGUCACAUUCUAUGGGGCCCUCUUUAGAGAGGGUGAUGUGUGGAUCUGCAUGGAACUCAUGGACACGUCCCUGGACAAGUUCUACCGGAAGGUGCUGGAGAAGAACAUGACAAUCCCAGAGGACAUUCUAGGGGAGAUUGCUGUGUCUGUUGUGAGGGCGUUGGAACACCUGCACAGCAAGCUGUCUGUGAUCCACCGAGAUGUGAAGCCAUCUAAUGUUCUCAUCAACAAGGAGGGCCAUGUAAAGAUGUGUGACUUUGGGAUCAGUGGCUACUUGGUGGACUCUGUGGCUAAGACAAUGGAUGCUGGCUGCAAGCCCUACAUGGCUCCUGAGAGGAUCAACCCGGAGCUGAACCAGAAAGGCUACAAUGUCAAGUCGGAUGUCUGGAGCCUGGGCAUUACCAUGAUUGAGAUGGCUAUUCUCCGGUUUCCGUAUGAGUCCUGGGGGACUCCAUUUCAGCAGCUGAAGCAGGUGGUAGAAGAGCCAUCUCCACAGCUCCCAGCUGACCGCUUCUCCCCUGAGUUUGUGGAUUUUACUGCACAGUGCCUUCCCCCAGCCUACCUUGUUCUCUUCCAGCCUGAGGAAGAACCCCGUGGAACGCAUGAGUUACUUGGAGCUGAUGGAACACCCUUUCUUCACCUUGCACAAAACCAAGAAGACAGACAUUGCUGCCUUUGUGAAGGAGAUUCUGGGAGAAGACUCCUAGGGGUCCAGGCCAGGACCCCCACAGCCCUCUGGAGUCCCCAGCCCCAUCUGCUGGGCUAGUGCUCACUCACAGCCAUAAGCUACUGCCACCCUGCCUCGGGCAUCCAGAAGAAGAGGGGCUGCCCCAUCUGGCUUUGCAGCAGGAUGUUGGUCCCAAGUACCAAAGAACCAGACCACCGCACAUCCCCUGCUAGGCCCACGGGGGCCUUCCUAGUGCCUAUACCCCUGCUGGGCUGAGUCUCCAGACCCUGGACUUGGAGGCACCUAGACGCCCUGACAGAUGCCGCUGCUCCUGGUAGAAAAGGCAGCCACAGCCUCCACCCAGUCCUAGAUUCUCUACAAGUUGUAUAUUUUUUUUAUCUUUCGACUGAAUGAACUCUGCCUACAUUGGCCCAAGGUGGCCAUACCUCUUUCCCAGCGUGGAGGGGGACACAGAUGGGGAUGAGCCACAUGAAUCCCUUGGCAUCCCCGUGAAGGUCAUACCAGGAGCCCCCUGAGGCCUUCACUUACACUGCAGAUAGGGCUUCUAAAGGGUCACAGCCCUACCAGGGGUAUCUUCACAUUUUUUUUUCUCUUUAAUUUAUCCUCCUCCUUCUUGCUUUGUGGGUUUGUGGGUUUUUGCAUGGUUUGGAGCUAGUCACUUUUCUGCCAACUCCUUAGGGGACAAAUGGCACCCCCUUUCUACUCAGGCUGUGGUCUGAGAGUCAGUCUCUGCUUGGAGAGGUGCUAGGGGAACAGGAUAGCCUCUUCUGUUUUGGAGUCCUGUUUGACAGGAACUAGAUUUUCUUCUGGUGUUGUUUCUUUGCCACCCAAAGUAUAAUUUUCAAAGAAAGGACUGCCCAUCCUCAGUCCUGUCCCUGA